AUGUCCUUCCCCCACUUCGGACACCCGUACAGUGGCGCUUCCCAGUUUCUCGUGUCUGCAAGUUCCAGCGCCACUUGCUGCGAAUCCGCUCCGCGCUCGGUGUCAGAGGUGGCCUCUGGCUCCACCCCGGCACCCGCUCUCUGCUGCGCACCCUAUGACAAUCCGCUACUGGGCAGCGCGCGGCCGGAGCUAGGCGCUGCCUUGGGCAUCUACGGAGCCCCCUACGCGGCUGCUGCAGCUGCGCAGAGCUACCCUGGCUACCUGCCCUACGGCCCGGAGCCGCCCGCGCUCUAUGGGGCGCUGAAUGCACAGUAUGAAUUUAAGGAGGCUACAGGGAGUUUCACACCAGGCCUGGCACAAACAGGAGCCUAUUAUCCCUACGAGCAGACAUUAGGGCAGUACCAGUACGACCGCUAUGGCACCGUGGAACUGAGCAGCGCCGGGCGCAGGAAGAACGCCACGCGGGAGACCACCAGCACGCUCAAGGCCUGGCUCAAUGAGCACCGCAAGAACCCCUACCCCACCAAGGGCGAGAAGAUCAUGCUGGCCAUCAUCACCAAGAUGACCCUCACCCAGGUGUCCACCUGGUUCGCCAACGCGCGCCGGCGCCUCAAGAAGGAGAACAAGAUGACCUGGGCGCCCAAGAACAAAGGAGGGGAGGACAGGAAGGCAGAGGGUGGAGCAGAUGACUCCCUGGGCUGCCUCAAAGGGGACAGCAAAGACGUUACUGCUAGCCAGGAGGCCCAGGAACUCCGGCUGAGUGACCUGGAAGACCUGGAGGAAGAGGAGGAGGAGGAAGCGGAAGAAGAGGAGGCAGCGGCUGCAGCUGCCGACAGGCUGCCGGGGUUCCGUACGGACGCACAGUUGCUGCCUGCACCGUACGCCACGCCUCCGGACGAGCGGUUGGAGCGCAGGCAGUGCGGUCUAGUGGCGCCCCGCUUCUCCUUCAGCGAGCCCCCCGGGUCGGGAGAAGUUCACUUCCUCACAGCGGAGCCAGGGGGCCCCACGCUGACCACGCACUACCCCCGCGGCGAGAAACCGCGCAUCUGGUCUCUGGCUUACACUGCGGCCGCCGGCGCUGUGGAAGGCGCACCUCCAAUCGGACCCAGACCGCGAAGCCCUGAGUGCCACAUGAUCCCGGGACAGCCUCCUCGCUCCUCCAGGCCACCCGCGGUUCCCAGAGACGCCAUAGGCGAGGAGUCAUCCCGCGUAGCCAAAGCUUUUGGAAACCCGAGGUUUGCCCUGCAGGGGUUGCCGCUGAACUGUGCGCCCUGCCCGCGGCGGAGGGAGCCUGCAGUGCAGUGCCCGUACCCAUCGGGCGCAGAAGAGCCGGGGGACCUUGUGAGAUCCCGCGCGCGGGCGAAGCGUCUGGGUGCCUCCGGGAAGGCCACGGCGGACGCCGGGCGAGGGCGCCCGGAGCGCCGACAUCCUCAAGUCAACCUCCUCCUCGGGAUUCCGAGCCUGCAGCCUGCUGCUCACCCCCCCGCCCUCACCCCCGCCCCUCACUUUAGCGAGAGGUUGGGGGUGAAAGAGUUAAAAACGCCCGAGUUCGCGUCCCGGGCCCAGUGUGGCCUCAGCUUCAGCCAGCGAGGGAGCCAGCGCACCGCGCCUGAAGGGGCAAAGGGCGCCCGGCAGUGCCCCGGAGCGGGCUCGGAGUCGCUGGGGGUGUCGGCCAGGCGCGCAGGGAGGCAGCUGGACCGUGUGUCCGCGGGCUGGGUGCUACCGGAGCGUUGGCGAUGA